GGCCCGCCCCCGCCGCCAUGUUCGCGGCGCCGCUGCGCCGGGCCCGCAGGUACCCGGUGUUUCUGACGGGCAGCAUCGCCAUGGCCACGGCAGGGAGAGCCAGGCCACCCGGCCCCCCGCGUUACACCAACCGCCUGAUUAACGAGAAGUCCCCCUACCUCCUGCAGCAUGCCCACAACCCCGUGGACUGGUACCCGUGGGGUCAGGAGGCCUUUGAUAAAGCGAAGAAAGAAAACAAGCUGAUAUUUCUAUCAGUGGGCUACUCCACCUGCCACUGGUGCCACGUGAUGGAGGAGGAGUCCUUCCAGAACAAGGAGAUCGGUGCGAUUAUGAAUGAGAACUUUGUGUGCAUAAAGGUGGAUCGUGAGGAGCGGCCAGAUGUGGACAAAGUGUACAUGACCUUCGUGCAGGCUACCAGCGGUGGAGGCGGGUGGCCGAUGAGCGUCUGGCUGACUCCGGACCUCAAGCCCUUCGCAGGGGGGACGUACUUCCCUCCUGAAGACAGCGCUCGCCGCGUUGGCUUUCGGACUCUGCUGCUCCGCGUCGCAGAGCAGUGGAGGCAGAACAAAGACACCCUGCUGGAGAGCAGCCAGAAGAUCCUGGAAGCUCUGCUAGCCAUGUCCCAGAUCCGCGUGCAGGGCCAGCAGUCACCCCCGCCAUCCGAGAAGGUGAUGGCCACCUGCUUCCAGCAGCUCUCCAACUCCUAUGACGAGGACUACGGCGGCUUCUCCGAGUCCCCCAAGUUCCCCACCCCAGUGAACCUGAAUUUCCUCUUCACGUACUGGGCCCUGCACCGAGCAACCCCAGAAGGGGCGCGGGCACUGCAGAUGGCUCUGCAUACCCUCAAGAUGAUGGCUCACGGGGGCAUUCAUGACCACAUCGGGCAGGGGUUCCACCGCUACUCCACCGACCAGCACUGGCACGUCCCUCACUUCGAGAAGAUGCUGUAUGACCAGGGGCAGCUGGCGGCCGCCUACAGCAGGGCCUUCCAGAUCUCCGGCGAUGAAUUCUUCGCCGAUGUUGCCGGGGACAUUCUGCUCUACGUCUCACGGGACUUGGGCGACCAGGCUGGAGGUUUUUACAGCGCAGAAGAUGCGGAUUCCUACCCGACCACCACAUCCAGCGAGAAGCGAGAGGGAGCUUUCUGCGUGUGGGCGGCCGAUGAAAUCCGGGCUCUCCUCCCCGACCCGGUUGAGGGGGCUGCCGAGGGGACAACCCUGGGAGAUGUCUUCAUGCACCACUACGGGGUAAAGGAGGACGGCAACGUGAGCCCCAUGCAGGACCCCCACCAGGAGCUGAAGGGCAAGAACGUCCUCAUCGUCCGGUCCUCCCCGGAGCUGACGGCCGCCCGCUUUGGGCUGGAGCAGGGCCGGCUCAGCACCCUGCUGCAGGAGAGCCAGCGCAGGCUGCAGGCAGCCCGGGCGCAGCGGCCGCGGCCCCACUUAGACACCAAGAUGUUGGCCUCGUGGAACGGACUGAUGAUCUCGGGCUUUGCCCAGGCUGGGGCGGCCCUGGCCAGGCAGGAGUACGUGAGCCGGGCAGUGCAGGCGGCCGGCUUUCUGCGCAGGCACCUCUUCGACCCGGCCAGCGGGAGGCUGCUGCGGAGCUGCUACCGGGGCGAGGACAACGCGGUGGAGCAGAGUGCUGUCCCCAUUCAGGGGUUCCUGGAGGAUUACGUCUUCGUCAUCCAGGCUCUCUUUGACCUGUACGAAGCCUCCCUGGACCAGAGCUGGCUGGAGUGGGCCGUGCAGCUCCAGCACACGCAGGACAAGCUCUUCUGGGACCCCAAGGGCUUUGCGUAUUUCUCCAGCGAGGCUGGCGACUCCUCUCUGCUCCUCCGCCUGAAGGACGACCAGGACGGAGCAGAGCCCAACGCCAACUCCGUCACCGUCACCAACCUGCUCCGAGCGGCCUGUUACUCCGGCCACACCGAGUGGGUGGAAAAGGCCGGGCAGAUCUUGGCUGCCUUCUCCGAGAGGCUGCAGAAGAUCCCGUUAGCCCUGCCAGAGAUGGCCCGGGCCACCGCCGUGUUCCACCACACCCUCAAACAGGUGGUGAUCUGCGGGGACCCCCACGGAGAAGACACGAAAGAGAUGCUUCGCUGCGUGCACUCUGUCUUCAGCCCCAACAAGGUAGUGAAACCAGCCAUGUCCUCGUCCUGCCCGUGCUCCCCGCAGCCACUGCAACCUCGUCCUCUCCCCGGCGCACUGCAGCAUCCGUCCUCCUCCUCCUCCACCCUGCCUCCCUCCUGGGGACCUCCCCUCCCGUCCUGCUGGUGGCAGGGGCACGGCUGUGCCCUGCAUGGCUCUCCCAGGGCAGAGAGGUGGCAGGGGAUGAGGGGCAGCACUCAUGGCACUGCUGGGUCAGCUCUAUCUGCGCCCGGCAUGGUGCCGGGGGCUGAGCCGCAGCAUCGGGCUGGCAAUGGGGCCAGAGUCCCAGUUUUUGUAACCCAGCCAGGGAGAACUGGGGUGGGCUGAGCUCCCAGCAGCGCUUCCCUCGCCUGUCCUCGCAUCAGCACAGCUCGUGGAGGCUGUCCUUCUGUGGACGCCCAGGGGCGUUUAGUGGUGGUGUUGGAGGACACGGUGCAGUGACUGGAGCCCGCUCUGUGGGGACGCAGCACCUGGUCCUUCCCGCACUGUCACCGUCCAGCUCCCCUGCAGCGCUCCCUCGCUCCCCGUGCUGCAUGCGAGCCCUCCUCCCGCUUUAUUCCUCUCCCUUUGAAGGAUUACAGCGAGUGACCCAGUUUGCAGGCACGGAGAGCACCGCGCUGGUAGCGGGAGCCCGGUGGUGCUGCGGACACCGCACUGCCUUCCUGCAGCCGCUGCUGCCCAUCCGAGCGGGCUCCUGGUGGGGGGCACCCAGCUUUGGGGGCUCGAGCAGAGCCAGGAGCUCAGCAGCAUCCUCGCUAGGGCUGCGGCUGGAGGCUGGGCGCAGGCAGGAUGGGGACCAGCAGGAGCAGCCUGGCUGCUGCCUGAUGGGGUUGGCUGGAAAAAGGGCUUUUCCUUCUUGCUCGUGAGCGCGGCAGGAAGAGCUGUGCCGGGUGCAGCCCCAGAGGGCUCACGUCUCUGCUUCCUGGUGUGCAAAUGUAUGGGAGUUACAGGGCCUGAGCUCAUCCUCCAGCCCGCCUCCGCCCUGCUCGUUCCCGCAGCGCGGUGCCUGCGCUGCUCAGCCCGGCUCUGGCAGAGGAGAUGUCACCGGCCCGCGCCCAUCGUGGUGACAGCUGCUGCUCCCUGCCGUCACCGCGGCUGGGCCAGGGGUCCGCUCUCCUCAGUGUCAGCCGCGUGCGAUGGAGGCUGACAGGGAGACACAGGGAGACGGCGCCGCGGAGCCGGGCUCCCCCCGCAGCCGUGGUGCUGGGACUCGCGCGGCGCCGCGUUCGCUGCCCAGGGCCAGCUUGGGCUCCAGCAGUGGGUCGCAGCUCGUCACCUCCCGAACAGAAAGAACGGGGUUGGACCCGGUGAUGUGCCGAGGUCCCUUCCAACCCCUACAAUUCUGUCAACAGGGAGAAGGGCGUCGGGGCUGGCGGCUCAGCACCAACGUGGGUGCCUCCUGCCACCCAUCCCUCCUCGGUGCGCUGGGCAGGAGGCACAGCCGCUCCUUUUCCCCAUCCUCAUCCUCUCCCUUCCUCCCUCCUUCCCCACCCAGCAGCGGGAGCAGCCCUGAGUCACCGCCCUGGGGAUGCGGCUGCUUUGGGAAUCGGGGCUGCGGAGACGUCAGCGCCGCGUCCCCGCCGCCCCCGCUCCCCGCUGCCGGCAGGGCGCUGGGGGCCAGCCUCGGCGGCGGGAACACAAACAAUUAAUUAGGUCGCUCCAGUAAUUAAUUCCUUACAAACCUCACAUUGAAAGCCUCGCCGUAAUGAGAAGCCGAUGGUAAAACGGCAUUGAGGGCGCCGGAGUUGGUACAUUUAAACCAGCACCCGCGGGUGGAGGAGCCCGGGGCCGGAGGCGGCUGCCGCGGGGAUGCAGCAGUGCUGGCAGCGGUGCUGCCGGAGCUGAGGACCCGGCUCGGUUCCCCGUGACACUUCCAGGGCCAUCAGCGUGGCCAGAUGCCACCCGCCCCUUCGCUGGCACCUCCCUGGCUGCGUUUGCCCCGUGGGGCCGGGGUGCUGGCAGCAGGAUGGGGCCAGGCAGGCUGGAUCCCGCUCCUGGUUGAGAUCUCUGCCCUGUUAAUGGUCUUUAGGGUAAUUAUGAAGGAUCCCAUUAUCUCCUCAGCCGCGGCAUGCGAGCUCCCUGGCUCGCCUUUAUCCCGGCCCCGCAAGAGGACCUUAGGGAGCUUGUGAGAAAAAUGAAUAAUGAAUUUCAGAUUGGACAUGAAUUGGUAAUUAAUCACUCCUGGAAUUAAUUCCAGACAAAGGCGAGGAGGGCAGGGAGAGCGGGCUGAGCCGGCACUGGGGCAGGGCAGGGGCUGAGGGGAGACGUGGGGGGCGUGGGACGGGACGGGCGAGCUGGGGACACGGUGACCGCCUGGGGACAGGGGGUAGGGGCAGCCCGUGCCAGGCACGGGGGUGGCUGUGGGGGCAGGAGGGGGAUGUUGGCUAUCUGCAGCCCUUGGUGGAGGGCUGAGCGCCUUGGUGCUGGGACAGGGCACUGCUCGGUGCCAGGCUGCUGCUUCCAGAGCCCCUGCAGGGACCGCGUUUGCUCGCCCCUUGCGUCCCCGUGCUGGGGCCAGGCUCCCGGCCAGCUCCCGGCCUUUCCCGUUAUUAGACCGCAAGGCCUGAGGCUUUAACAAAUGUUUUCCUAUUCAGCAAAAGCUAAUUAUCCUGGCAGCCCCGCCACUGCUCCUGCCUGGUGCUACCGCGGCAGCUGGGAGAGCCCCCAGCCCAGCGCUGGCCGGUGUCUGAGUUUUUGGGAAGCAGCUGGGGGGCAGGAGGAGCCGGGCUGCGGGGUGGGACGGGGCGAUGCUGCCGCUGGUGCCUGACCCCAGGACAGCUCCCCCAGCCUCGUGCUUCAUCCCUGGCUGCCCACAUCCCCAUCACCCCCCCCCAGAGCUGCUGGGGGGCUGUGGCCCAGGGGGGACACCCGGGCUGCACCCAUGGGGAUGUGGCCACAGCACAGGUCCCUUGGCUUUGUCCCCGUCUUUGGGUGAGCACAGGGGGUGCUGUGGGGAGGGGGGCACCAGCUGGCUGCUGCGGGCUGCGCCCCCCCAG